ACUCGACUUACUUGGAGUUGUAAUAAGGUUAGUAUCUCACAUAUUCAUACUUCAUGAUUUUCCACAAAAUGGUAAUGAAAGGUAUCACAUGUACAAAUCUUUCCAUUUUCCAAUUCGAUUCCAUUCCAUUUACUCAUAAUGUUAUGUUCCAGACAAAUUAAUUAAGUGACAAGAAAUAUCACUCGAACAGUAACUUGUUAACCCAUUUCCUAACAAAUCAAGCUUUUUGCAGUAGUGGCUUGUAACGGGAAAAAAAAAAAAAAAAAAAAAAGAAGGAAGGCUAGGCGCUUGAGCACAGUCGAAGCAAGAAGCGAGCCAUGGUUAGCCGUCGCAAGCACUAAAGGUGGUAGAUAGAUGCCUGUGGAAAGCUAGAAGAUUGAGUGAUGGCCAGUCAAACCUGAAAAGGGUAAAUAACCACACACGGAUGAUAUACUGUUUCUUUCUACGUACAGGCUGCUUCUAUAUAUCAUCCUCGUGUCAUGCCUUCCCUCUGUCACUUAUAUUACGUACAGUAUACUGCUUUUUUCAAUCUCUCUCUCUCUCUCUCUCUCUCUCUCUCUCUCUACAUCCACACAGAGGUUGACAGUGAUGCAAGAGUGACGAAAGUUGCGUUAGACUCGGAUCCUGUCUCCAAUGAAAUAAUAAAAAAUUAAGCUCACAUUCUAACUUGGUCCUCCCUUUUCAUCCCAACACUAUCAAAAAGCAACUCCUAAAUUCUCUCUCUCUCGCUCUCUCUCUCUCUCUCUCUCUCGAACUUUGAGUGGUAGAUAUGGAUGAGUAUGGAGUUCCAGAUCUCCGGCAGCUGAUGGCCUCAAGAACCCAGUUUUGCACGACCUCACAAUUCCAAGAGCCAUUUUCAGCACAUGGAAAUCUCACAGCUCAACCUAAUUACCAGCCCAUGCUUGUUCCAGCUGGUGGCUUGGUUGAUCAUCUUCAUCCUCCUCAUUAUUCUACUAUAAUCAACGGCUGUGGUGCAGCUCAUCCUCCUAAUAACAAUGCUGCCGCCACCACUUCAUCAGCUGCUGCAUUGUAUGGGAUAGAUUUGGAGCAUGGACAUGGAUGGAAUAAUAAUAUUAAUGUUGGCAUGAAUGCUGCUGAUGGAGGAAAUAAUAUGAAUUACAGAUGGCCAAGACAAGAAACUCUUACCCUUCUUGAGAUUAGAUCUGGUCUUGAUUCCAAGUUCAAGGAGACUAAUCAGAAAGGACCCUUGUGGGAUGAAGUCUCUAGGAUAAUGGGUGAGGAACAUGGAUACCAGAGGAGUGGGAAGAAAUGCAAAGAGAAGUUUGAGAACUUGUACAAGUACUACAAGAAAACAAAGGAAGGCAAAGCUGGGAGACAAGAUGGGAAGCACUACAGGUUCUUUCGUCAGCUCGAAGCAAUUUAUGGAGAUCAAACCAGCAAUCAAUCGUCAACUUAUGGUAGAUUGAACCCUCUUCUUUAUCAUCACACUACUCCAAAUGACACUGUUAACCCUAAAAAUCAAGAAGUGGUGCAAGACCAAAAGCACAUCAGUUGUGAGAGCCUUAGUUUCUCCAAUAACUCAACUGAAUUUGAUCAGACCUCAUCCUCGGAGAACAAUGAUGAUGAUCUUUCAAUUUCAGCCAUUGAUUAUUUUAUGAUGAAUCAAUCAAUGGGGAGCCUUAAGAAUGAGAAACAAACUUGUGCAAGGCCGGUUAAUAAGAAGAGCUGGAAAGCAAAGGUGGAGGAUUUUGUGAAUUCACAGAUUGGGAAAGUAAUAAACACCCAGGAGGCUUGGAUGGAGAAGAUGUUAAAGAGUAUUGAACAUAGAGAGGAGGAGAGGAUAGCUCAAGAAGAAGAAUGGAGGAAGCAACAGGCGGCCAAGUUCGAUCGAGAAGUGCAUGAAUUUUGGGCUAAGGAGAGAGCAUGGGUUGAAAGCCGAGAUGCUGCAAUAAUGGAGGCUCUAGGUACAUUUUCAAGACCAGGAAUUAGUAACCACGACAAGGACAAGGAUGACAUUUCAAAGCUUCAAAUUCCUAAUGAUACUAUUAACAGAUGGACUGAACAUGAGGUUGCAAGUUUAAUAGAGCUGAUCAGGACAAGCUUGGAACUCACAACUCAAGACUGUGGGUGUUUUAAGGAGGGCCUAUGGGAGGAGAUAGCUGCAAAAAUGGGUUGCUUGGGCUAUAGAAGAAGUGUAGGAGAGUGCAAAGAGAAAUUGGAGAAUAUGAGUGUUUAUCCCAGAAUGACAGCAGAAUGUAACAAGAAGCACAAACAAGAUGCCAAAGCUAACAUGUACCAUGGCCAACUUUCUUGUUAUGAAGGCCAGCAGGAAGUUUCGAAACGACGGCCGGAUGGGAUGGGGCUUCAACUAAUGGAUGGAGGGCUAUCACCCUCAAGUUCUAAUAUGGAUGUGAGCUCCAGCUCCUUUCACGUGCAGUUUAAUGGAGGAGAAAACUUAUGGGACAGAUAUGGAACUGUGAAGCUCGGCAAGGGAAAGAACCAGUAAGUUUAGAACAAGGAAUUUAAAUAAAGAGAAAUAUUUGACUUCUCUUUAUGGAUGUAAAUAUGUGACUUGUUAAGGUAGAGUUUUUACAAUUUGUGCUUUUGUUGCUUGGGAAAGUGCUUUUCUAAUUUGUCCAGGUAAGAAAGCAUUGACUGGGGACUUUUAUUAAUUAAAAGGUAAAAAUUGUAAGGAUUAUUUCCUCAUGGUGGCCUUUUCAUGGUUUGAUUUGUUAUCU